UACGGCUGGGCCUGGUUUACGACCAGGGCGUCGUCUGGCCGGUCUCUCCAGCUGCCCCGGUGGCCGCGUCGGCAGUGUCCGGCUGUGGGGGUCCCGGCCGUCACCCUGGCUCCCACAGGGGGGUGACCAGCGAAGAAAGCCCCGCAGCGGCCGCCCCUCCCGGCCCCGCGCGCCGGCGCCUGUUCCUCCCGGAGAGGCCUCGGAGCUUCCUGUCACAGCUGCACCUUCGCGGCAGGCGCGCUGCAGGCCGAAGGCAGGUUCAGUGUUGUCCGUUGAGUGAGGAGCCGAAAUGCAGACCCGCUUCCUCCGGGUUCAGAGCCAGACUGUCUCCACUACGUCACGCCUGGACACGUCUCCCUGGCGGUCCUGGGAGGACCGAGUGAGCCGGACCCACAGUGUGCUCUGCUGCAGGACAGCUGCCCAGCGCCUGGGGAGGCGACGGCUGCAGGACCAGGCUCCCGUCGCCAGGCACCGAAGCCUUCACCAGCGGCAGCUGCGGCGACUGGAGCAGGAAAGGGGAAACUGUUCAGCGAAGGAUUCCUGCCCCGUUCACUCCCGGGUCCCGGCCAUGGCAUCGGUCUUGGGGAGCAGCCGAGGGUCCGGAGGGCUGAGCAGCCAACUCAAAUGCAAGUCCAAGCGGAGGAGGAGGCGGCGAUCCAAGAGGAGAGACAAGGUGAGCCUGCUGUCAGCCUUCAUCGCUCCCUUCAAGCACGUGAGCCCCGGGGCCGCCCACGCGGAGGACGAAGACAAUCUCAGUACCAGCAGCGCAGACGUGAAGGAAAACCGCAACGUCAGCAACCUGGAGGCCAGGCCGCUGCCUGCGGGCGACCGGGCCAGGGGCGGCGGCGCCGGCCUGAAGCGGAAGAGGCCCCUGGAGGAGGGCGCCGGCGGCCGCCUCUGCCAGCUGCAGCUCGUGCUGAGGAAGCUGUCGUGGUCCGUGGCGCCCAAGAACGCGCUGGUGCAGCUGCACGAGCUGCGGCCGGGCCUGCAGUACCGCACGGUGUCCCAGACCGGCCCGGUGCAUGCGCCCGUCUUCGCCGUGGCCGUGGACGUGAACGGGCUCACCUUCGAGGGCACCGGGCCCACCAAGAAGAAGGCCAAGAUGCGGGCGGCCGAGCUGGCCCUCCGGUCCUUCGUGCAGUUCCCCAACGCCUGCCAGGCCCACCUGGCCCUGGGUGGCAGCGGCGGCCCGGCCCCCGACUUCACCUCCGACCAGGCCGACUUCCCCGACACGCUGUUCCAGCAGUUCGAGCCGGGGGCGCCCAGUGACGGCUUCCCAGGCCGCUGCCCCGCCGGCCCCGAGCGCCUGUCCGCGGCCUGCCGGCGGGGACGGCUGCUGUGCGGGGCGCUGGACCUGGUGGGCCCAGCGGCCGCGGGCGACAGGAACCCAGUGGUGCUGCUGAACGAGCUUCGCUCGGGGCUGCGCUACGUGUGCCUCUCGGAGCCCGAGAAGCAGCGUCCCAAGAGCUUCGUCAUGGCCGUGAGCGUGGAUGGGAGGACGUUCGAAGGCUCGGGACGGAGCAAGAAGCUGGCCAAGGGCCAGGCCGCGCAGGCCGCCCUCCAGGCCCUCUUCGACAUCCGGCUGCCCAGCCAGGUCCCCAGCAGGAGUAGAAGCCACCUCUUGCCCCAGGAAUUCGCCGACUCGGUGUCCCAGCUGGUCACGCAGAAGUUCCGCGAGCUGACUGUGGGCCUGGCGUCGGCGCACGCCCGCCACAAGGCGCUGGCAGGGAUCGUCAUGACCCAAGGUCUGGACACCAGGCAGGCCCAGGUGGUCGUGCUGUCCUCGGGGACCAAGUGCAUCAGCGGCGAACACCUCAACGACCGGGGGCUGGUGGUCAACGACGGCCACGCGGAGGUCCUGGCCAGGCGGGCGCUGCUCCACUUCCUGUACACGCAGCUGGAGCUGCACCUGAGCAAGCGGCGGGAGGACGGCGAGCGCUCCAUCUUCGUGCGGCUGAAGGAGGGCGGCUACCGGCUGAGGGACAACGUCCUGUUCCACCUCUACGUGAGCGCGUCCCCCUGCGGAGACGCGCGGCUCAACUCGCCCCACGAGCUCACCGCCGACCUGACCAGCAGCAAGCACCUGGCCAGGAAGUUCCGGGGGCACCUGCGCACGAAGAUCGAGUCCGGAGAAGGGACGGUGCCAGUGCGGGGCCCAGGCGCGGUGCAGACGUGGGACGGCGUCCUGCUGGGCGAGCAGCUGGUCACCAUGUCCUGCACGGACAAGAUCGCCAGGUGGAACGUGCUGGGCCUGCAGGGGGCGCUGCUCUGCCACUUCAUCGAGCCCGUGUACCUGCACAGCAUCGUGGUCGGGAGCCUGCGCCACACCGGCCACCUCUCCCGGGUGAUGAGCCGCAGGACGGAGGACGUCGGCCAGCUGCCUGCCUCGUACCGGCACAACCGGCCCCUCCUCAGCGGAGUGAGUCAGGCCGAGGCGCGCCAGCCUGGGAAGUCACCCCACUUCAGCAUGAACUGGGUGGUGGGCUCCGCGGACGUGGAGGUCAUUGAUGCCACCACUGGGAAGCGGAGCUGCGGCCGCUCAUCCCGCCUCUGCAAGCACAGGCUCUCUGCCUGGUGGGCACGGCUCCACGGCAAGCUGAGCGCACGGAUCCCAAGCCACGGAGACGCGCCCUCCCUGUACUGUGAGGCCAAGCUGGGGGCCCGCACCUACCAGUCGGUCAAACAGCAGCUGUUCCGAGCGUUUCAGAAGGCGGGUCUGGGCACCUGGGUGAGGAAGCCGCCGGAGCAAGAGCAGUUUCUACUGACUCUGUGAGCCCCUGGACCCAGGCUCCGCGCGGGCGAGCGAGGCCGUGCCAGUGUGUGGUGGGCCGCGGGGCGCGGAUCGGGCUGUGCAAGCGUUUUCCUUUGGUGUUGCAGAAAUAACGCGUGUCCAGGGCUCGGCUGAGUGAGGGGUGUGCUGCUUCUCAGGUGGCUCCCGGGCCACGAGGACCAGGCGCCCACCCCACCCACCCGAGGGCACAGAGGGUCUCCUCCUCCGUGCGUCCCAGGGCGAGUUUCCAUUCAAGCUGGAGGGGCUGCGUGGCCGCCUCGAAACGUGGUGCCAAGGUGCUGCCGUGAGAAGAAACCAGGCCCAACCCGCUCCCCUCCCGCCACGCGCCUACCAAGCGCAGGGCUCCCGCACAAGCGUGUUCGGACAAGCCAGUGAAGGGAAAAGCCAUGGGCUCCUCCCCAGAGAAGCCGGUGAGGACGCGUGACCGUGGUCACUGCUCUUUGAGUUCUCACUCCGCCUCCUUCCAGGAUUUGGGAUGCGAUGCAUGACAUUAAAGAAUCCUACAGCGGGCGGGAGAAGGAGGCUGAAGCCCCCGGGCCAAGGCCUGGGGCGGGAAGAAACCACCUCUGGACCCUGGAGGGUCACGAGGUCGGCCCCGGAGCUCCCUGCUGGACACGCUGCUUCUCUGGCAGACGAUGACCCAACCGUGAACACGGUCUAAGCUCAUAGGGUCCCCCGGGAAAAUCAGGAGACUGAGCCCCUAGACCCAGUCCUCCCUUUUAACUGAGUUCUCGGAAGAAGCACAGACACUCAGCCUCCCUGGCAGCCAAGGAGCCUCCAGAGCCCCCCCCAACCCUGCACGACAUAGAAAAUCCACAGAAAGCAACUGCAAGAGUGCAAGAGGCAGGAUUCGGCCACCUUCAGAUCCCCAGCGCAGAGCAGAGCACGGGCGACUCAGGGUGAGGGCACGCCCCUGAGGCCAUUCAUGCAGCCUCGGUAAUGUCCCCAGGGUCAUACAACUUGAAUUGUUUCACCUCUGAGAACUCACUUCUGGCCCCCUGCGUGCUAGGUAACCAGCCUUCAUUCCUCCAGGGAAAAGAUCCGUAUCUGACAUAGUCAUACCCACGAUACAAACGGGACCUCAGAGCUCCUAGCUCUGGGCAAGGGUGAAACAAAAGGACUGUAGGUGUCUCUUACAAAAGAACAGGAAACAGAGAUACUAUCUGUGGAGAGAGAAACUUUUCCCGGGGUCUAAUAUAAGGUCAAACUUAUCACCCAAGUUCUUUGAGAAAACAGGCACCGUAGCAGACAACCUCAGGGUAGAGCUUUGAGUCUGAAACUGGUAAAGCUUGAAAAUGCUUUUGCAAAAAGAUGACCCCUCUUAAUCUUUCAUAAAAAACUGAGGAAAUAAAAUCUUAAUUCCAUACAAAAGCUAGGAUCAAAAGUUCAGUUUAUGUUAGUUUCUGAUCAUCUGACGUGUCCCUAGGACGACGUUCAGAGAAACAAAGGCCUGGAGGCUGGUGGUGCCUGGUGUGUCCACCCUCUGGACGCUGGUCUCUGAAAGCCGGAGGCACCGUGGCGUCCUGCCUGAAAGGGGGCCGGAAGCCCAGCUCACAGCGCUCUGAGCUGCCGCUGUGUCCAUGUGCACAGGGACCAGCUCCUCCCGCAGAGGCGGCAGGAGAGAUGUGGGCUGGACCGACCACACAUGGGCCCCAUGCGCCCAGCCCUCAGGACCUGCUCUGGGGGCUUGGAUGGCGCCCACCCACCCACGGGGUCUGGGCCAACGCUACUUGUUCACUCUGGUCUGAGGUGCCAGCUCCAGGAACCACCCAAACGCCCUCUACCUAAGCGUCUGCUCUGCAGAAAGCCGCACCCUAACGCCCCCCCACCCAUGAGCACCACGUGGGGACCCGUCUGUGGGGUCAGGGGGUGCUUCUCAGGAAAGAGAGGGCUCUGUGGGAGGCCUGUGGGAGAGGAGAUUGCCCAGUGCAGCGGGCUGGCGUCCAGGGCCUAGAGCUUUGCCAGAGGCGCUGGGGCCAGCGAGCCGGGAACAGACAUGGAGCCGCAGAGGAGAGAUCCCAGCUGCAGACACAGGGGGCGGAGAUCCCGCCGGGAGCAGGGCUGGGUUGGCCAGAGCCUGAGAGGGGCUCCAGUGGGUACUUGGCACAGCUGGUGGGCUUGGCUCGGGUUGGCCCAGGGGCAGGUGCAUCGCACGCUGUUCCCAAGGUCCCCGGGGGCCACCCCACGGAGGCAGCGCCACCCGCAUCCUCUAAGUAGGAAAAGCGGGUGAACCAGCACCCAGAGGAGCCUGCGCCCCUGCACCUGCCUCUGUGAAGAGGACAACUGCUUGAGUCGCCCUGACAGGACAGGGUCAACGAGAGGGAGGCUGGCGGCCGCAUCGCCUCAAAGCAGCCGUCCUGUCCCCCGCUCCGCGUUCACACCCACCCUCCCGCACACCCGCCCUGGGCAGAGCGCCAGAUCCCAUGCACAGCCCCUCUGCCUCCUCCCGAGUGCUCGCCACUUCCCCCCCGGGGGGGGGGGAGCCAGUUAAGGUCCCCUGGGCGGCUGUCCACGGAAAAGCCCCCACGGGACGGGCCACCAAGGGUCUGGAGUUGCCCGCCCCCAGCACGUGGACUCCAGCGAUGUGUGGGGCCUGCGGGUCUUGCGGCUUUUGUUCCUCUGGCUCCACCUGCCCCUCCCACCGCUGCCAUGUGUCCUGUCCCUCAGAGCCGUCACCUUGUGUUACUGUUCAAGCAGACACAGCAUUUCUUUUUCAAAGGAAUCUAUUCUUACCAAUAAAGUUAAAUGCUUUCUUUUCU